UUUUUUACUUACUUGGCAACCUUAGUUCACCUGGACAGCCAUCUUGAGCUACACACCGCGCUAUCAUAGCUUGUCCUCUUUAAGACAUAUUUUCCAUUCGUCGAGGUGAUCAGCUGCAUCGACUCGUAGCUAACAACGGCUAUAUGUCUUCCAAAAUACCUUGAGUUUAACGGAGAAAAGAAGAGAAAAAGGUCGUUACAAAGAAAAACGUGCUGUAUUUUUUUAAUCGUAUCAGUGAAUAUUCUGAUGCAAAUGUCACGAACGGCACUAGUACCGAUUUAAUGUGAGAACGGACAGUUGAAACUGAACAAGAAAUCGCAGAAUCGGUGAUGAGGAAACAUUGAAGACGAUCGAUUUGCGAAGAAAAAUAAAAUGGGCUCGAAGAUAGAAUAUGUAGAAUCGUCACAUAUGUAUGCAACGAAUUACAUUCGUAAUUCGAAGGCAAUUGGUGUUCUCUGGGGUAUUUUCACCAUAUGCUACGCCAUAAUCGGAGUCGUAGCUUUUAUCACUCCAGAAUGGCUGGGUGACUUAGAACACGAGAAUCCAGGAAGAUUCGGUCUUUGGACUAGAUGCAACUAUGGUGGUGAAUUAGGUGAGGAAUGUAUAGGCAGAUUGGAUGAUCUAUCGACAAUCGCGAAUGUUCCUUUCAGAAUAAGCACUAUUCUAGUCGGCAUCGCAGUCAUAAUCGCUUUAUUGACUAUUUGUGCAAUGCUCUUGUUUUUCUUUUGUCAGAGUACAACAGUUUUCUAUAUCUGCGCCUGGAUGCAAGUAGUUUCAGCAAUAUCCAUGGCCAUCGGCGUCUGCAUUUAUCCAUUAGGCUGGGAUUCAGCGUUAAUUCGAGCUGUUUGUGGUGCAACUGCAUCUAGAUACAAUCCAGGAGCUUGUGCAGUUAGAUGGGCAAUACCGUUAGCAGCGAUUGCCGCUUUAGACGCUGCUACCUUGGCUGCGCUUGCUUUUAUCCUUGCAUCUAGACAUGUCAGACUUCAACCAGAACCGUUCAACAAUGGUUCCUUAUAUAAAGGUGAAGUAAAUCCAGGAUAUGUAAAUGAAGCACAAAGUGUUGCUGGUUCCCGAAAAUCUCUUUCCUUACGACCAGUCCUCUUGGUUGCUCCGCCAGAACAGGACCGCUAUAGUGAACUUUCUAGAGCAAAAUCUCACUCACAUCACAGCCUUUAUACACCAGCGCCAUCGCAUCCGGCCCAUACGAUCUCAACGAAUACUUUGAAUCAUUCUCAACAUAAUUUCCAAUUGUAAAUCUCUGAAGAUAAUAUUGUUGUACAUAAUUUAUUAUAUUAUGCUACAAAUAUUUUUUUUAUUAAGAUUAUUUUGAUUAAGAUAUGAAUAGAAAUACUGUAAAUAAUAUCUGAGAAUUAUAUCUUUCAUAUAUUAAUAUUUUUUUUCUUUUUUUGUAAUUUGAUUUUAUAUAAAUUAAUAAUAAUUCUAUCCAAUCAUAAAUUUCUAAAAAAAUCUGAAAAUUUAUAAUAAUUCACAACAUUUUUUUAUUUUGUAUAUAUGUUGACAUAAUUCUUAAAAUUUGUUUUUGCAAUGUAUAUUUUAUGUAUGUAAUUAAAAUUAGUUUUUUUUAUAUACAUAUACAAAAUAUCUAGUAAUUGGUAUUAUGAUAAAAAAGUAAAUGAUUUUAUAUAUAAAAAUAAGAUCUAAUAUCUUAUAUAUAAAAUCACUUUCUUUUAGAUCGCCAAUUAUCAAAUAUUUUAUUUAUAUAUAAUAUAUUGUAUAUUCGUUUGUUUUAUCAUUUAUUUCCUAACGAAUAAAUAAUUAUAAUUACAAAA